UUGAGACCCGCCCGGCCCUUUGCGUGACGACACACGGACAUACCGCAGGCCGACCACUCAAAAUAGCCCGACCGUCAGCCGGCUGAGACAUUCUGACACUUGUUGCUCGUGAACUGCGGAAGCACAGUCUGCCAACUUCCCAACUCUCUGUUGUUUCUCUGCUACCGCGCGGUUUGCGAUACUUCUACUGUUCACCAUGCCGAGAGCUUUCCUUGUGAAGAGAUUCAAGCACAUCUGGGAAUCUGGCGAGGCCAAGGAAUCCGAACAGGGCGAGAUGGGAGAAGCCCCCGAGCCGGUCACCCUGGUUCCCGUGGACUGGAGUAAAGGCUACCACCCCGCUCCCUUCUUCAACCCGCUCGGCCUGCCGCUGGUCGCCCCCCACCCGGACACCAGCCCCAGCCGCCGGAGUCCAGUCGAGGGCACCGCUCUGCCCCCCUCCCCACCCCCGGACCUGCACACCGAUGACCUCAAAAUCAAGGUCGACGAUGAGGACAUUCUCAAGGCCACGACAACACCCAACAACAAACACAAACAGACCAAGACCAAGAGGGAGCGGUCCGACAGCGAGUCCUCGGUGAGCCCUCGGGGCGGUGAGACGCCGACCGGCCCGUACCACUGUCCGGAGUGCGGUAAGCGGUACAGCACGUCCAGCAACCUGGCACGGCACAGGCAGACUCACCGGGACCAGCAGGACAAGAAGGCCAGGAAGUGCCCGCACUGCGAUAAGGUGUACGUGUCGAUGCCCGCCCUGUCCAUGCACAUCCGCACGCACAAGCAGGGGUGUAAGUGUCCGUACUGCGGCAAGUGUUUCUCCCGACCAUGGUUACUACAGGGGCACAUCAGGACCCACACUGGAGAGAGACCAUUCGUGUGCCAGAUCUGCGAGAAGGCGUUUGCCGACAAGUCCAACCUGCGGGCGCACACCCAGACCCACUCGGACGCCAAGCCCUACGUCUGCGGCCGCUGCGGCAAGGCCUUCGCGCUCAAGUCUUACCUGUACAAGCACGAGGAGAGUGCCUGUCUGCGGAGCACCGGCAAGGUCACCAAGGCGGCAACAACACCCAGACAGGCACAGAGGCAGGGCGCGGUGGACAGACGGGACCCGCAGGCCCCCAUAGCUGUGCAAGGAUAGACUUGACCUUCAAGUAUGAUGGACAAUGUUGCAAGGGGCGUGUUGAAGUCCUGAAACGGGCUACGCGUGCCAUUAAACAACGCUAUACUUUACAGGCGGGUAAAUACAGGCGUGAUAUAGGCUCAGGUUAUAUAAGAAACAAUGUUGCAAGGGCAAAGCCAUUCUGGACAAUCAAAUGUACAUGAUCUAUAGUCUACUUUAGGUGCCUGUGUUGUAGAUACGCAAGAGUGGACACACCCAACAAGAAUAGCAGAGAUGACACACCAAAUGUACCAUGAUUCUGACAUACUUUCCAAAAGUCGAUGUUCAAACUAGUUUCUUAGAACGAUACUACAAAGAUGAACGUAUGUUGUAUAUUGUUGAGUAAAGUGUAUUCUGUACCAGACCUUAAGUGCCAAGAAUUUCGGAGGAUCUUCCGAGGAAUUUCAGGGACAGUGACCCAUAAUAUUUACGUUUGUUGGUCGCCAUGACAACAAAUACAGACGAUCCAGAGAGGACUGAUGUGUGCGAAGUGACGAACCACAUAUGGAUAGGUUUGUCUUGUCUUGUCUGAAAACAACAGCAAUGUUCAAUCUCGAUUCAAAUGUUUUAUAGAAAACCUCAUGUAAAUACAAAACCUCGCAAACACAAAUUUUACCAUGUCAAAUGUUAACCAUUUUAAAGUUACGAUUAUUGCUUUCAUUUGAAUAUCACAAAGUAACUUUUUAGGUACUAGGUGUCAGUACGAUGUUCCUAAGUUAUUUGAUAAGUUAUUGCCGAUCACAUUCUGUUAGAUACAGUUCGACAGUUUAGAAUGAAGUUCCAGUUAAGCGAUCGGUCAAAGAGUGAGGACACACUCAUGUAUAGUUAACGGUAUUUAUUUGUAAAAAAGGUCUAUAUGGCCAUCUUUCCCAAAGUAAAUAAAGAGAUCUUUAUAUUCACAGUUUA